UGUUAGUCAUCUGAGUGAAUAGGUUUAACGUUGUUUAAGCUUAUAAGUUCGUCUUAUUAUUAUAAUAUAUAUAAAUAUAUAUAUUUUUUUUUAUUUGAAAUCAAUUUAACACAAUGAAUGGACAUACGGAUGAAAAUUUAAUGUCACAUGUAGCCCAUAAAGGAUCAUAUAUACCACCCAUCGAGGAUGAAUCCAUCACGUUGAUAUUCUCUCCAGGGAAGGAUGGAGUUGGAACACUGGCUAAUGCAUUAAAACUAUUUAAGGAAUACAAUGUGAAUCUACUGCAUAUCGAAUCCCGGUCAUCAGACCGUAUACCGAACCAAUACGAGUUUUUCGUUGAAUGUGCUCCAAGCGACAACAUUACGAAGGUGGUCGAAAUAUUAAAGGGUACGAUGGUGUAUUGCUCGGUGGUGUCCAGGAACCACGUUUCUGAUAGUAAAGUACAAGAUGAAUAUGUACCCUGGUUCCCGUUGCGAAUAAGAGACUUAGAUAAGUACGCCAAUCAGAUCUUGUCACACGGAGCCGAACUGGAUGCCGAUCAUCCCGGAUUUACGGACCCCGUGUACAGAACCAGGAGAAAGUAUUUGGCCGACAUCGCGUUGAACUACAGACACGGAGAUCCGUUACCUCACAUCGAGUACACCGAACAAGAAAUAAAAACUUGGGGUACCGUGUUCAGAGAACUAACGAAACUCUACCCGACGCACGCGUGCAAAGAGUACAAUCAUUUGUUCCCCCUGUUAGUCGAAAACUGUGGUUACAACGAGAACAGCAUACCGCAAUUCGAGGAUAUUUCCAAUUUUCUUAAGGACAGCACUGGGUUCACUCUGAGGCCAGUUGGUGGACUGCUGUCGUCCAGGGAUUUCUUAGCUGGAUUAGCCUUUAGGGUGUUCCAUUCCACUCAGUAUAUAAGACAUCAUAGCCGGCCAUUGUACACUCCCGAACCUGACAUUUGCCACGAACUGUUGGGCCACGUGCCGUUAUUUGCCAACCCGGCUUUUGCGCAAUUCUCGCAAGAAAUUGGACUAGCAUCACUGGGCGCCCCCGAUGAUUAUAUAAAAAAAUUGGCCACGUGCUAUUGGUUCACCGUCGAGUUUGGCCUGUGCCGCCAGGACAGUGAAUUGAAAGCAUACGGAGCCGGACUUCUGUCGUCGAUCGGUGAACUCCAAUACUCGUUGUCGGACCAACCAGAACUGAAGCCUUUCGAUCCCGAAGUGACUGGCAAACAGGAAUACCCGAUAACCGAGUACCAGCCCACGUAUUUUGUGGCCGAGAGUUUCGACGACGUCAAAGAGAAAUUGAUAAAAUUCGCUAACACGAUACCGAAGAAAUUCGGUAUCCGGUACAAUCCAUACACGCAGAGUGUACAGGUGCUCGACUCGAAACUACAACUGCAAGAACUGGCCAACAAUAUCAGCAACGAACUGCAGAUAUUGCGUUACACGUUGAACAAGGUGGAAUGAACGCUGCGCACAGUUUGCAAUAUUAUUAGGUUAUGACAUAUUGUAAUUAUUAUUAUUAUUAUUGUUAUUAUACAUAGGUAUUGUAUUAUUAUUGUUA